AAGUAAGUCAUUUAUUGACAAUAUGGCGACCGUGCUAGGGUUGGAUUUGGGGAUGAUAUUUUUUUGACAGCCAGCAGAUAUCGGAGAAGUUUCCAAACUAAAACCAGCAUUCUCAUCGGGAGUCCACGGAACAGAUGCGUUUGAAUGACGGGAUUCGUGGGACGUCCACGGGACGGUGAUAGUGAGCAGAGGAAGUGUCCACGGUGUGAAACCCGUCAUGUCGUUUUUUAAGCGGAAAGCGAAAAGCAAGGAACCUGAGAAAGUAACAGAUGCUAAACUUAACAAAGCUCCAGCCAACCUCGUUUCUCCUUCACACGGACAAAGGAACCACAAUGCCCCCUUGGAUGUUGCCAGGCCAAGCCAUGUGGCCAUCAGCGCCAUAUCUGCCAACAUGGACUCCUUCGCUCGGGGCCGCACCGCCAUCCUCAAGAAGCAGCCGAGCCACAUGGAGGCGGCGCACUUCGGAGACCUUGGUCAUUCCAGUGUGAAUUAUCAGCCCCAGGAGACGCGUUCUCGCAUGUCCAAGACGGUGGACCAGGUCCUUAGAGACAACAUGGCAUUGCCUCACUUCAUGCAUUGCAUGGACCACUUGGGCUCAGACCACCUGGUUCGCUUCUGGCUCGAGGCGGAGAGUUUCCGCUCCGCCAGCUGGUCACGCGUUCGAGCGCAGAACCUGAACUCUGUCAAACACAGCUCGCUGGCCGAGCCAGUCUCAGCCUCUCCGGAUGGACCGGAGCUCGACCAGAACACGCUCAAUGAUCUUGCUGUUCAUCGCAGCCGUGGAAACCCUUCCCUGCUGUCCGACGGGACGGACUCCUCCUGUGGAGAGGCGGACCAGAAGGCCAACCCGUCUCGAGCAGAGACCCCGAGCAGACAACCACCUUCCAGGACAGGUACUCCCUCCAAGGGGAUGACAAACAGCUCUCUGCGAGACCUCUCAGACACUCUCAUGAAAAGUAUAGAAAAAGAUGCUGUUACAAUCUUCACCAAAUACAUUUCCCCAGACGCUGCGAGGCCCAUCCCCAUCACAGAACAGAUUCGAAACGAUAUAGUUGCUAAGAUUUGUGGAGAAGAUGGCAUGGUGGAUCCAAACUGCUUCGUCAUUGCACAGUCGCUUGUUUUCUCCAUACUGGAACAGCAACACUUUACCGAAUUCCUGCGGAGCCACCAUUUCUGUAAAUACCAGAUUGAAGUUUUAACGAGUGGCUCAGUGUUCCUGGCUGACAUCUUGUUCUGUGAGUCAGCUCUCUUCUAUUUCUCCGAGUACAUGGAGAAGGAAGAGGCAAUGAAUAUACUACAGUUCUGGUUGGCUGCGGAUAACUUCCAGAACCAGUUAGCUGCUAAAAAAGGCCAGUAUGAUGGCCAGGAGGCUCAAAACGACGCCAUGAUCCUCUACGAUAAGUAUUUCUCACUCCAGGCCACCAACCCUCUGGGCUUCGGCGACUCUGUGAGGAUGGAGAUAGAGUCCAAUAUCUGCCGAGAGGGGGGGCCCCUCCCCGACUGUUUCACCACUCCUCUCAGACAGGCCUGGACAACCAUGGAGAAGGUUUACCUGCCCGGCUUCCUGUCCAGCAACCUCUACUACAAAUACCUAAGUGACCUCAUCAAUUCAGUGCGGGGGGAUGAGUUUGUGAACGUCAGCAGUCAAGGUCAGGGCGGGUCAGCGGACAACGACCGCUCCAACUCGAACACCAGCGAGAGCUCUCAGACUCAGGGAGCCAAAAAAGCAGCGAUCAAGAUUCUGAAAAACUUUGAUGAGGCGAUCACUGUAGACGUGGCCAGUUUGGAUCCAGAGAUGCUCUACCAGCGGCCAUAUGCUGGGAAGAUGACUUUUGGAAAGGUGAACGAAUUGGGUCAGUUUAUCAGGGAGGCCGAGCCAGAACCUGACGUGAAGAAAUCAAAAGGUUCCAUGUUUUCUCAAGCAAUGAAGAAAUGGGUCCAGGGCAACUCGGAUGAGGCUCAGGAGGAGAUGGCGUGGAAGAUCGCUAAGAUGAUCGUCAACGACGUCGUCCACCAGUCGAACCACGACAGCCCCAGCAAGUCCACCAAGCUAUGACCCCAGCGAGGAACCAAAGGACGGCGAAUCCCUGCAGACUCUAAGUCAGCUGGAUUUACACUGCUUUACUCCCACAAAGAACAAAGAAUUGAAACACCUCCCCAUUUACCUAACAUUUGGGUGCGUGCGGUUGUUAUUGUGGGUGAGUGAUUGCCAACGCGUGGGCCGGGACAAAACUUGAAGAAAUUCUAUCUUCUAUCUCUGAAACACUAUGAAGUGCAUGUGUGGCUGCAAGAUGGGGGUGCUUGCAUUAAACUAGAGGAAGACGCUCCUGUAGACACGAGCAGCAGCCUGUUGGAACUACGGCUGUUGGUCGUUUUGGACCUAUGGAGGAUUCCUUAAGGACAGGUUCAAAUUCACUCCAAAUGGCACCUUUUUUUUUAGCAUUCCUUGUUUUUAUGAGUUCCUCUUGCCUGGAUCUGCAGCUUGGAGCCCAUCAGCUCUGAGAAAUGUUUUCGAGUCCUUGUGACGGAGUGGUUUACUAACUGAAGCUUACUGUUUGUGUACUGUAGAAGAUUGUGGAGGUGAGGCAGACAGAGAAAAAGCAGAUCCAGUGAAUAUCAAGGCACCUUUACAGAGCUUUAGAAGAAAUACUCCAGUUAUGUCUGAAAACUCCACAUCCUUAGGGUUCUAUACAUAUAUAAAUAUAUAGAUAUGAAUUCUGGUUUAUCCCUUCUAUGAAUGUUUGUCUUUUUUUUAAAUGGUGAUCUUAGUUUUUAUAUAAAUAUAUAUAAAGAUAUAAACAUUACUGACAAAAAGACUCAGUAAUAAAAGACUGCUAAACUGGAAGGUGUGCUCUGUUCAAUUUUAUUUUUUAUUUGUUUUGCGCCUUACCUAUAUGUGGAAAGGAACCA